UGUAGCUACGUUUUCUGAAUUAUCUUCAGGAAAAGAGCUUUUAGGAAAAUACUAUGUACAAUUUUUUUAAAUUACCAUUAGUAAUGUACAGUUCUAGAAACUAAAAAUAGAUUGCUUAUUUUUUUCCCGCUUGGCAUUAUUGUGUUAUAAUGAAGUUUGAUUUUUAACUUAGCAUUUUAAGCUGUUGAAUUUUUAAGGAGACUUGCCAUAGUUUUAAUUUUGUGGUGGGCAUCUUUGAGGGGGGUCAUUAUUUGCACAUCAUGGUAACAUUUGUAAACUGCAAGAAAAGCACAGCAUUGUUGUGUGUUCAUAAAAAUGCCCAGGCACAAGAUUACGAUUAAUCAGAGAAAUUGUUCAUUAGUUAUUUAUAAUUUAUAAUAGGAAAAAAAGUUCCCACAUGAAACUGAGACUAAAAGUUUGAAUCUGUUUAUUUCAGUGGUAAGUUUGUUAAUGUGGCAUAGCAAUGGUUAAAUGCUCUAAAGUCACUAAGGCUACUAAGGCAACAUUAAAGGGUGAUUCUAAAAUGUUUUUAUUUAAUUAAAGUCUAUUUAAACUUUAUACCAAACGGGGCCUGAGAUGUAAGCUUUAUUUUAGAAAGGGUAAGUAAUAGUGGACUCUUGAUAAAUUUUGGAAUUUUGCUAACUUUGGAUUCUGUGGGCUUGUCUUAGUGUAAUGUAGUUUUUGUAAAAAUUUAUCUCAUAAAACCAGUUUAAAUAAAUGUUCUACCUAGUCGAGAAAUUCUACUAUAUUGUGCUAAAAAUUAGUUAAAAUGGUGGUUGCUCUUUGGUAGACAUGUUUGAUAACCUUAUUAAAGCUAAAGGCAUCUUGUAGAGUAUACAUCUGGAACCCACAAGUUCUAGGUCUCUAACUAACUGAUGACUUUAGGUCAGACAAGUUAAAGUUAACUUUUGGAAUUGUGUAAGUGAGCACUUACAUAUUUUGGAAUUUGUGCCACCUAUGAUAUAUAUAACUUACCCAUCUUCCUUAAUCCAGACAAAAGCCAUGCAAGGCUAGAAAUAUUGUCCCAGUUUUACAGCUGAGCAGGUGGUGAAGGCUGAGUUUGAAUUCGAGUGCAGAUGACUCCAGACACUUCCAUUGUUACUGUCCUGGCUCACUUACUCAGAGGUUUGUCCACAGCUUAAUGAUUUUUAGAUGGUGCUGUAAGGAUCUGGGUAUGGGUUCUUUGUAUAUAGGUUCUUUUUGUAUAGGUUCUUUGGAAGUUUGGGAAAACAUUUUUUUGCUUGAGAAAUGUCAUCCCUUUUACUUGUUUUUACACAUUUGGACUCUGUCCUAAAUCUGUCUGAAGUUUUUCUGCUCUAAAACAUUUGGAGUCUCCUGGUCUAGAAACCUGAGACCUAUCUAGAAUGAAUAUGUAUUAGAAAAUUAAAACAUAGAUUAUUGUAAUUUAUAUUUUUCAGUGAACAGACUAUUUUCAGUUAUAUUUCUGUUCCUAAUGAUGUUUUCUGUAGCCUAAUACCAAAAUGACAUUGAGGUGAUUGAACACACUAUUAAUAGGGUGGGGAAGCGAUCAAGAGUUAAAAUUUUAUGCUGAAAAUGGCCAAUUUAGAGCACAGGGUUCACACCCACACCAGGUCUUGGUGCCUUUAAAGGCUGCACUAAGCAUGAUGUAAUGACAGGUUAAACCUCUGGAUGCCUGAGCUGACGCAAUGCAGAUUGGAGGCCCUGGACUUUAUUGGGGCAAGGGUAAUGCUUAUUUAAAAACAAAACAAGCUACUCUGUUUAAUGAGGCCGUUUAAGAUGGUUUUCCUAGAGUGGGAAGAGAAUAAAAUCUAAAUUUGAGGGUUAAAGCAGGAGUUUAAUAUGGUUAUGUGUGCUUCCUACUCUCACUACAAAAUCUCGAAGGGAGAAGGAGUUUAAGGUGCAGAUGGUGGUAAAAAUGGAGAAGCGAGUUACAGUUGUGGAGAUAAGGUAGUUAACGCCCGUUAAAUAGUUACUGAACGAAGUACGGAGAAUGCUUUUACUUUGUAAAAAUCUAGCGUCCGCAGGGUUAACUGGCAGAGUAUAGUGCAGAGAUGCUUGUCUGGUCGCGUAUUACCCAUAUAUUCUGUGUAGACCUUUGGGUUGAAACCAUGCAGAAUUGCGCAUAUCCGACUGUUUGGGCCUACAGAAAUGGAGUUCAGCCUUCUAGUAAGCUGAUGGCUUGCGCAGUAUCGCCGGGGAGUGAGGAUGGGGGGUUUUACGCCGGGUUUUACUCGGCUGGGUGCCUGGGUGGGAGUUGCACGCUCCUUGCCCAGGAGCCGCUUGGGAGCUGCCCCAGACGGAGUGGGGCGGAGCCUUAAGCCCCGCCCCGGCACGCCGCCCCGCCUCUCGCCAUCCGCGGCAGCCGCCGCCCUGUGCAGAGAGCGCCUGCGGCCCCCUGGCACUGCGUUGGCGCAGGCUUUCCUCCUGCGGGCCGGAUCCUGCAGUAGUAGCUUGAGCUGGCACCGAGAGCGCACGUAGUCGACCAGUGGCCUCUACGCACCCUUCUGCCCUGUUCUUCACCGAGCUGGCAGGAGCCUAGCCGAUGAAUUUGGGGAAGACAGACUUCCGAGACAGACGAAGGUUUAGGGCCCAGCAGAGGACAGCUCAGCAAUGGCUCCCAUUUUUGGAGACGCAGGCGAAUUUCAGCUCCUGGGGAGGUGUGGUCGACUCCUCUUGGAACAGGAGGGGGCAUCAGUUCUCUUCUUCAGUAGCCAGUGCUUCUGAGGAGUGAAUGGAGUGUAUGGAGUAGGGCAUGUGCCUUUUGAAAACUAGACCCGGGACAUGUUUAGUAACAGAAGAUAUCCAGGAGAGCCCUCUGUUGCAGGUUGUCUUUGCUUCUGGGGGAAAGGCUAUGAGCUCUCUGACUUAUGACCGGGAAGUCUCCCUUACCUUUUCUGUACUCCUGGAGAGGCGUCUUGCUCACUUGUUUACCAGCAUCUGGGACAAGGAAGAGAAAAGAAAUGAGCCGUCAGACUGCAACAGCAUUACCUACCGGAACCUCAAAGUGUGCGCCGUCCCAGAGGGUGCCUGCCCUGACGGGCACAACUGCCUCCAACAAUGACCUGGCGAGCCUCUUUGAGUGUCCGGUCUGCUUCGACUAUGUGCUGCCACCUAUUCUCCAGUGCCAGAGUGGCCAUCUGGUUUGCAGCAACUGUCGCCCAAAGCUCACAUGUUGUCCAACUUGCCGGGGCCCGUUGGGAUCCAUUCGCAACUUGGCUAUGGAGAAAGUGGCCAAUUCAGUACUUUUCCCUUGUAAAUACGCCUCUUCUGGAUGUGAAAUAACUCUGCCACACACAGAAAAAGCAGACCAUGAAGAGCUCUGUGAGUUUAGGCCUUAUUCCUGUCCGUGCCCUGGUGCUUCCUGUAAAUGGCAAGGCUCUCUGGAUGCUGUCAUGCCGCAUCUGAUGCAUCAGCAUAAGUCCAUCACAACCCUGCAGGGAGAGGACAUAGUUUUCCUUGCUACAGACAUUAAUCUUCCUGGUGCUGUUGACUGGGUGAUGAUGCAGUCCUGUUUUGGCUUUCACUUCAUGUUGGUCUUGGAGAAACAGGAAAAAUAUGAUGGUCACCAGCAAUUCUUUGCAAUUGUACAGCUGAUAGGAACACGCAAGCAAGCUGAAAAUUUUGCUUAUCGACUUGAGCUAAAUGGUCAUAGGCGGCGAUUGACUUGGGAAGCCACUCCUCGGUCUAUUCAUGAGGGAAUUGCAACAGCCAUUAUGAAUAGUGACUGCCUAGUCUUUGACACCAGCAUUGCACAGCUCUUUGCAGAAAAUGGCAAUUUAGGCAUCAAUGUAACUAUUUCCAUGUGUUGAAAUGGCAAUCAGACAUUUUCUGGCCAGUGUUUAAAACCAUUGCAUUUGAUUUCACAGAGAAUAAGGCACCUGUCUGCCUACCAACCAAAAACUUGCAGUAGGUGGAAGCUAGACACAUGAAGGUAAAUAAAAGGAAAGGCUGUUAAAUACAGGAAACAGUUGCAUGUAAUAACACUAAUAUAUUUAAAAAUAAGUCAACAGUAAACCACUGAAAAAUAAAUAUAUAUAUAUAUACACCCAAGAUGGGCAUCUUUUGUAUUAAGAAAGGAAGCAUUGUAAAAUAAUUCUGAAUUUGUGUUUGUUGUAGAUUGAGUGUACCGUUGAAAAAUACUGGGUUCUUGUUUUUUUGUGUGCCUGUGCGUGUGUGUGUGCGCGCGUGUGAGUGUGUUUGGAUUUUUUUUUUCCUUUAACUGACAAGCCAUGUUGAGUGGUCUUGGACCACUGCUUUUCCCCUAUGUGAGUCAAUACAUAGUGCUGCUGUGUGUGUGUAUUUUUUUUCUGUGUGUAUUUGCUAAUUUUUAUUAAUUCUAGUUUUUCAUUAAAUAAAUUUGACUUGCUUUUCUGUAAUUCAGGUUUUUCCUCACUUUUUUUUUGUACCUUUUAAAGUUAGUGUCUUUUUGAUAUGCAUAAUUGUUGAUGGUAAAAUUUAUACAUGUGUUCGAUACAUAUUUUCUUUUCCCCCAUUAAUCAGUUCAUUAGAAAUAAUUUUAAAUUCAACUGUUUUGUGAAGAUAAGAGUUUCAGAAAGGAAAGAUAACAUCAGAAGAAUUGUCAGAAACUAGUUAAAGCAGGAAAGAUAACAUCAGAAGAAUUAUCAAACUAGUUAAAGCAGCUCUAAAAUGGUCUCCCUCUCUUCUCCAGUUGAGUCAUACCUUCAGACUUAUUCUUUGUAAGGUUAGGGAGUACUGAUUUUUUUUUUUUAAUACUGGGGAAAAAAAAUCAGGCUCCCCGUUCCCCCCACAUAUCUUGGACAAAUCACAUAUGUUUAAAAUUUGUUCUUGUGUUUAUUGGUUUUGCAAAAGAAGGCAUCGUCUCACACAGUAUUUGUAAUUAAAAGCAAAUCAUUUGUUUAAAAAGCAGUUUGCAAAAAAAUGUUUUUGGUCUUUUAUAAUUCUCAUUAAAAGAAUAUCUGGCAAA